AUGGAUUUUGAAUUCACACUUCCUCAGAUGCUGGAAAUGGAGAAUAUCUUCAAGGAAUUAGGGGAGGAAGCACUAGCUCCACAGUUUUGUGAGAAGCUGGCAAGCGGCUUUGGUUACGGGCGAAGUCGCUCCGGAAAGCAAGCUAUUACACCUCAACAGGUGCAAAGAUGGUUCCAGGAUAGACUGAAGAAGUCACAACCUAAAGCUGCUUCCUCAAAUAUGGCUCUUGAAUUAUUCGCUGAUCUCUCCGAUGCAAGCUCCUUUUUCGGUGCAACUGAGAAUUCACGAAAGCUCAGAGGCAAGGCCUCUGAUCUUUCAGAGUUGAUUUUUGAAGCUUUAUCCUCAAAAGAUAAUGCUUGGUAUGAUGUUGCUUCGUUCCUCAACUACAGAGUUGUUUGUUCUGGUGAAGUUGAAGUGCGUGUCAGAUUUGCUGGGUUUCGUAAUACAGAUGAUGAGUGGGUGAAUGUGAGAAGGGCAGUGCGGGAACGAUCAAUUCCUUUAGAAUCUUCAGAAUGUCAGAGGGUCAAAGUUGGUGAUCCUGUGCUGUGCUUUCAGGAAAGAGAAGAACGAGCAGUCUACUGCGACGCCCAUGUUGUGGAGAUCAACAGGCGAUUACACAAUAUAAAUGGCUGCAAGUGCACCUUUGUAGUUCGCUAUGAUCAUGACAGCAUUGAGACCAGCGCCAUAGAUUCUCACGCAGUGCACCAGGAUGAGAGGUGA